CUGGUCAUAUUCCUUUUAUAACUUAGGGAUAUUUUUUCCACUGCACGCACGCGUCGAGAGCGCGUGCUUUUCCACAGCAAACGUGAUACCCUCAGAUGCUACGCAGAAUGUGGAGCAAGUGUGCGCAACACUCUUUCUGAAUCCGGUUCCGGCGUGCCGACGACACCGACGCCUGUUCCCACAGACAGAUCACAGGGCUUUACCCGAACAGCACUGACUGGUAGCAGCUGAGAGAAGGUGCGGAGCGAGGGUUACUAAACCCGGAGGAUUUCUCACGGCUCGCGGACAAUAAUGCUCUUCUAUAUGUCUCAUAAACGGAUGACAGCCUCCAAACAAACCUACAGUGAAAACUUUCAGCUCUAUAUUUGACGCGGGGGUGUUGUUUCUUGAGAUUUUAACCUGGUCCAAGAACAGAAAUGAUGCAGGUGCAAACUCUGGCCUAUACGUUACUGAAAUGACUUGCUCGGCGCUGCUGACGCGGUUCAUUGUGCCAUGCCAACCCCGCAUUGCAUUGUCAGAUGCCAUUUUCCUCUGCGUUAUUAUCCCACUGUCUGGAAUUCCAACAUACUGGGCCUGUUGUUGUGUAAUAAGAAGUUCGUAAAGGCUGAAGCAAACAAAGCUGGUGCAAUGAGAAGCUACGCUCUCCAAGACACUGUGCGCAAUUUGUGCUGAAGCUUAUGGGUCCUGCGUAUGCAAGCUCCCGGCUUCCACUUGGAGAGGUGUGCUGCGGGGCUACAGCGCACCGGCUGUCGGCUUCACAUCUGGACCGCCUGCCUGCUGUCAUCUGCGGCCUGUUCGGACUGUGUACUCCCUAAACUUGUGUGUUGAAGGGGAACGGAUUGAGGUAGCCUCAAAUGGUACCGUGUUAAGGGAGAAGGAGAAACUAUUGGGACUUGACGUUAUCGGUGAUCCACUGGAACACCGAAAUCCAAAGCUAGACUGGCUGACUACUCAACGGGAAAAAAAGCGGCUGUCCUGCUAUGGAUUUUGCGUAACAAAGUCACGCAUUUUAAAGGCAACGCUAGGGUGACAUUGCAGUCUUCUCACCAUAUCGGUUAUUUCGUCGUCCGACAUAAAAAAAUAAAAGCGUGAAAGUGGAGUAUUGUCCGUCAUACGUAUCAGCGCAGUGGGAUUUCUACGUCUGGUCGGCGUUCCCCCCCACCCUUCCCGCGGUGACGGUUAUGGGUCGGAAGCGGUGUGUCGGUGCAGAUUGUUCCAAGAUGGCGGCCGGGUGCUGCGGGGUGAAGAAGCAGAAACUGUCGGGAUCACCCGGGUCGGGGGGUCCCGGCGGGGUGGGGGCGGGAAGCGGGGUGGCAGGAACCGGACAUUGUGGCUCGGAGUUGGGGAUUGGCUCCUCCGCGACAGUUGCAGCAGCGGCGAACGUGAGCAGAGCCAACGGCCUGGGGGGACCCGGGGGUAACGUUAGUGGCAGCAGUAGUGGUGGUGGUGGUGGUGGCGGCAGUGGCACAAACGCUCUGUCCCCAGCCCCGGCCGGUUACACUUCAUCCGGCCUCGCCCCGAAUCUUAGCCCGGGACCUGGUUCGGGAAGUGGAGGCAGAAAAAUGGUGGUCUCAGCGGAGAUGUGCUGCUUCUGUUUUGACGUGCUUUAUUGCCAUCUGUACGGAUACCAACCUCCGAGAACACCCAGGUUUACAAAUGAUCCCUACCCGCUGUUUGUCACGUGGAAAAUAGGCAGAGACAAGCGGUUGCGGGGUUGUAUAGGUACAUUUUCUGCCAUGAAUCUGCACUCAGGACUCAGGGAGUACACCCUUACCAGUGCCCUUAAAGACAGCCGCUUCCCCCCUAUGACAAGGGAAGAGCUGCCUCGCCUCUUCUGCUCAGUGUCUCUUCUCACCAACUUUGAAGACGUCGGUGAUUACCUUGACUGGGAGGUGGGUGUUCAUGGUAUUAGGAUAGAGUUUUUCAACGAAAAAGGAUCAAAGCGCACAGCCACUUACCUACCAGAGGUUGCGAAGGAGCAAGGUUGGGACCACAUUCAAACCAUAGAUUCCUUACUACGAAAGGGAGGUUAUAAAGCUCCCAUCACAAAUGACUUCAGGAAGACCAUUAAGUUAACCAGGUACCGUAGCGAGAAGAUGACUAUGGGUUAUGCAGAGUACAUCGCCCACCGUCAGCACCAUCACUACCAGAACGGCAUCGGGCACCCUCUACCACCCUACAACCAUUAUUCCUGACAGCGAGCCGCAUGACCAAUCAUUGGACCUCUCCGCGGACCUUUUCCCAGGAGAGCCCGCCCCCUCCUGGUCUAGCUAUUUCUACUACUGUACCAUUUUAUGAUGAUAGUUUCCGUUGCCAUGCUGGCUGUCUCCCAGACGUUGACAUGGCAACGGGUGGCAACGAAGCAUCAUUUGAUUACGGCAAGAAAUCCACACAUUUCUUUUUCGUUGCCUGUGGUUAUGUUUUUGCAGCAUACUUAUAAGUCUAUCUAUAAUCCCCCCCCUUAUUCAUAUUUUUGAAAAUUAACAAAUGAUGGAUUUUAUUGAACUUCUCAGUAAACCUAAUCAGGUGUUUGAUUCUGUGGAUGGAAGCAAAUCUCUUAGAUUAGUAUUACACUUUUAUUCUUUAGGCUUUGUUUCAGUUUUACUAAGAAAUUCUUUACUUUUCUUUUAGUUUUUGCCUCUUAAUUUAUAUUAAUCACCGGACAUGUAUACCAUGUAGCAAAGCAACUGCAGUUCUUGAAGGCUUUGCCAUCUCUCUUCUUGAUUCCUCUCAAAAAACAAAAAACAAAAAAAGAUUGACUUGUUGAGGUUGUUUGAGUCUUGUAAACUCCUGUAGUGUUGUAGUUGGGACUAUUUAUUGGGGUCUGUAUACUCCAAAGCAUGGAUGGUAGGAUCACGUUUAUUGUUUGAGAAGUGUGUAUAUCCGUGUGUGGAUACGGACUUCGAUCUGCCACAAGAUAAAAAUCAGUGGAAUGAGAUAGAAAACGGAUUUUACAUUUAAAGAAAGAAAAAAAAAGAAUCUCUCUCCCCUGAGUAAUUGUAGUGUUUUGUGGUGGAACCUUUAAUCUUUGAACCAUGUUUGAUAGAGCUGACAACCAUGUUCCCUUGUUUUUUAAGUGAAAGUACGUGGGGAGGAAGCCAUUUUGUCUGAGGAUAAUCAUGUUCAUAAAUUGGAAAAUUUGGCUACAAGUCGGUCUGCUUUCCCUGCAGUAGAGCUACCAGGCAUGAAAGUAGGUACGUGAUUGAUGCUUUUGUUACUUAGUCUGUUGGUGUCUUGAGUUUACUGGCAGGGAGUCACUCAACGGGGACAUGCUAUAACUACUUAAAGCCAUAUUCUCUCUUUUAUUCGACACUAUCGGAGGAGUUGUUUGGCUUGAAGUGUAUUGUAUUCAGUGCCACUUAAAGCGCUAAUGCUAGUCUUGUGGGUGAAUGCGGACGUACACCAAGCAGCCUCAGACGCGGCUGCGUCACUGAGCCCUCGCCUCAGACGCGGCUGCGUCACUGAGCCCUCGCCUCAGACGCGGCUGCGUCACUGAGCCCUCGCCUCAGACGCGGCUGCGUCACUGAGCCCUCGCCUCAGACGCGGCUGCGUCACUGAGCCCUCGCCUCAGGCGCGGCUGCGUCACUGAGCCCUCGCCUCAGCAGCGGCUGCGUCACUGAGCCCUCGCCUCAGCAGCGGUUUUGUCAUUUGUUCGGAAAAGUCCUGUACUAAUUGUCCGUGUCUUCGCGUCGUGGAAAUCAUUGUCUUGCCUUUUCAGAUUGUAGCUAACCAUUUACUCGUUACUCGUCCAUGAAGUAUGCUCUAUUUAAGAUAGUUAUUUUCAAUGAAGAUACGCAACUUAACGCACAAAGGAAGUGAGCUAAUUAACGUGUGUGGCAUUUAGAAGUGCAUGUCAUUGUGUAGUUUGCGGUGUGACGCAGCGGGUCGUUUAUUUUAGUCGUUGAAACCGUCUCCUCUGCUACUCUGGUGUUUACUGAGGUCCGUUGAUCUGGGAGCGUGUGCGUGUCCACGACACGGGAAACAUUUGUGAUGAGUGCUUUUGUUUUGUCAGCUGUUUGGCACCAGGUUUGAGCAAACACAGUUAAUUUAGUUAGUGCAGAUUCUAAAAGCCAGGGCUCUGUGUGUGUAUGACCUAAGAAGCCAUUUUCUCAUUCAAAUAGUACUUGUGAUUUAGUGUACACACGCAUACACACACUUGGCUGGUUUGUACUUACUGUCCAGAAUGUUUUAAGAUUGUCGAGGGUUGUUCAUGUUUAGUUUUGCUAGCUGGAAUUUUUGAGAGGUUAUCGCUACUUGACCAACAUCUUUCUUUUAUAACAGCCUUUACUAACUGGCAGGUUAUUAUUAUUUUUUUUUUCCUUUUAUGCAAAACGUCAAGGGCUUUUGGCACUCCAUCCACAGUAACCCGAAAUGACCCAGAUUUCAGUUGUGUUGCCUUAAAUUAAUGAUUUAAUAAAUUAUGGACCAGUACAUGAUGAUGCUCUGAGUGUUCCUCUGGCCCAUGGUUUGCUCUUCCGUCAACUGAACCCCUCUGCAGCCUCCUGUUCACUCGCAUCUCGCCCAGUUACUGGCCCUUUAGUUCACUUUUAAGUAUCCCACAAGGACACUGUGGUGUUACAACACUACAUGUUUAAACCAUGGCAAAGACAGUUUCACGCCUUUUUAGACAAACAAGAAGCUUGCCCGACGACACAUGACACGAACACUACGCUUCACGGGAGAACAGUCAGUCAUUCAUUCAUUUCCUGGUCCACUUAAUACAGCACAACCUGAAUUUUCCUGCUGCAAAACCAAAUUGACCAUGCUGUUUUACAUAUGUCUUUGUAUACACAUGCAAUCUAUUUAGUUGCGUGUAUGUCUGAGUAUGAGACCUAUGGUUUUAUCCAUGAUAUGCUUGAUCUAUGGCUUAGACACUCUUAUUUACCAUUAAGAAAUUUAAAAGACAAAUAUGGUGCUAUCGGACCUCAUAUUGGGGUGGUCACAGCUCGUGACUGGUCAUGCGGACUCAUUAAUCAUAUCAUACUUAAAAGAUGCAGCAUGUAAGAUUUUCUCUUGGGUAUAUUGCUGUGAAAAGGGUCAUGGCUGUCACCGAUACAAACAGUAGCCUCAAAAAUCCAUUCAAGUGCAUUCAUGACAUCCUGUGAAGGUGGGUUUGCUGUCGGACCUGGUUUUUACCCACCCUGCGUGAUUCUGUCUCAUGUGGACUUGGGGCUUAGUUUAGGUCUGAACGUACCCGUAAACGUAAGUGUGUCCGGAAUGCGUUUUCAGAGCAUGUGUGAAUGGACACAUGAAAGACCGCCCCUUCACCUGAUGGCUUCUGACUCCAUUUUCACAAUGAAUCUUCCACCCCCACACUAUUAACACUCAUUUACAAACAAUUUUUCGUUAAAAUGUUUCAUGUUGCAGCAGCGUGAGUAGUCCAUUAACCUUUUAGUUUUUUUGUUAUCAAGCUUUCUAUUUUUGUUAAGCCUGUUUCCUUACUCCAUAUAACAAACAUUUCCUGACAUUAAAUGGUCCAAACUACACCAGAAAUCCGGAAUCCUAAAAGUUAUUGUUAGUUGCAGCCCUAAAUCAAAGUACUUCUUGCGCUGCUGUAACAAGAAAUAAGAUUAACCCAUUAGAAAGAAAAGAAAAAUCAAUGUAAAGCCACUGAGAAGUGUCGAAAUCCAGUGAUACUGCAGCAGGUCAAAGGACUUAGUCCACUUAGAAGGCGGCUUCUAAUGUGUGUUAAAAGCAAGUUUGCAUUCACACGUGCUGGAUAAUGUGGGGGAUGGCACAUUUCCCAAACCACCUCCAAAUGUGGUCUCCGCGAUCUGAUCUGAAGAGGCAUUCAGAACACAUUUGAGUACGUUCAAUCGUGUACUUGGCUCUGUCCGCCUGUGAUCAGAAUACACAAGGAGGAGGGUGUUAUUCCCGGGUCCGAUCGGGGUCUUGAACAUUAACGGGCGCAAAAUCGUAGCAGCAACACAUCAAGAGGCUACAGAAUGUACUGCUAAUGGUCGUUGUGACGGUUCAUCUUCGAUAUAUCGAGAGAAAAUCCUACAUGUUUUUCUAUCCUCGAUAUAUGCAGAUCUGUUCAACAGGUGUUUUGUUUUUUUUCCUACCAGUGCAAGUCAACACCCCUGCAGGUUUGAAAGGACAAGAAGUCACAUGUUUACCUCCCCCCCCGUUUACUCCCCCCCACACUGUGGCCCAACCUCAUGGCCUAGUUUGUCAAGGUGUGACGCGUCGUCGUUCUGUAGAUGGCGGCGGUAGUCGCGGCCGUUGCCUCUCCUGGAAGAUCAGAUGCUGCUCUUUGCCCCUGAGCUCAUCUUUACGAUCUUCCUACCAGCUGCUGAAUCAUCAUUUGAAAGGUUUGGGGGUCGUUGAGGCAUUCACAACCUCUCGUAGACCUUUGUUGAAGGUGAAGCAUCUCCUGCAGUAGGACGCAGAGUUAAUGUUUUACGUAGAACACGCAGAAUAUAGUCCUGGUUCUGUACUGAUUAACUGUUAAAAGCAUUGAUACCUCAUGGGAUUUUAUGGAACGAAGUUUCGUAGUUUGUUGUAGCAGAUAGUGUUUUGGUUCCAUACCGGGGUUUAGAGUUCAGCCUCAGCAUUCCUUGUGUGGUCAUUGUCGUGUUUCGUGGAAUGCUCAAGCUCAUGUUACCUUCGUAUGUUGGACUGAACCAAAGAUGCCAGCGGCCAUGCCCAAAUGCUGCUCUUCAGGCCUGGCUUCCUGUCCUUCCAAAAAACACCCCUGCAUUUGACAAAAAUGUUUUGUCUCGUUAUAUUUUUAUCGUUUUUUUUUUUUUUUUUGCGAUUUCUCGACUGUCUUGACUUUUUUUUUUAGCAACUCAAUUUUUAAAUGAAUUUUCAUUGUCAAUCUCUGAAACCGCAUGUGGUGUCAAAGAUGAUUUGAAAUUGGUUGCAAGUUGUUACGUAUUAUGUUUGUUAUUAUUUUAUCAUUAUUAUUAUUAUUGCUCUGAUUUACACAAAUGAAAAUCCCAUGGUGUGCCUCCUAGCUUUAUGGGUUUAUAAAUGUUUUUUUUUUCCCUAAAGACCAGCAGUUAUACUUUGUAUAAAAGAUGGAUUUUUCCUUAUUUUUUAUGCCAUUAAAGAUGAAAAAGCCUGUUUUCUUUACUCUGGACCCAGUAGCUGCACUGGUAUACAAUCGCACUGAUAGAUGAAUUUAAAUAAAUAAAAGAAGACUAAA